AUGGUCGCCAAACCGGGACGAAACAAUAAUGCUGCUACAACCUCGACUUCGCUACCAAAGUUAACGGAAGCCGAUAUUCAACCUGAUUUAUCGCUACUUCCUCAGCCAAUAUCAGACACUUCUGCUGCUGCAUGUCUCGCUGUCCGGGCUGCUCGUGAUGAACAUUACACUCGCAUUGGUGCUCGUAUCGUGGUUGGUUUAGAUGAUGCUGCCAGUCAAGCUAAUGCUAGCAAAUCUGAAGAAGCUAAUAGUAAACUGUAUGCUGCCCGUUUUCGUGGCCUUGCUGAAUCGGAAGCGGAGCUGCCCAUUCACUUGUACGAUGUUGUCGGGAGUGCAUUUCUGAAUCUGCUGAGGACACAAAAGGAUCAGUCUAUCAUCAUCAGUGGCCAUUCAACCCCGACAAGUCAUCAUAUGAUUACUAGGCACCUUUGUGAUUUGUCGAAGUCGUCUCAGAAAAAGUCAAAGACUCAAUCUGCUAUUCUUCGAGCUGAACAAGUUUUAGCUGUCUUCGGAAAUGCUCGAGGUCUCAAUGGAGUCGAAGAGCAAAUGUAUAGCAGGGUCACAGAAUUCCAAUUUGAUGAAACUGGUCGUAUUGUUGGUGCUAAAUUCUUGACUUAUCUAUUGAACUCGACUCGAUUAACUGAUGCUCCCAAAGGAUGUCGCAGCUUUAAUAUCAUCUCCGUCUUCUUAUCAUCCUUGACUCCAGACGAACGAGCUGCUUUACUUCUACCAGCUGAUAUUGUAUCGUCUUGUUCAUACCUCCACUCAGUACCAAAGACUGUCUUGUUGAGUGGUGCAUCCAUGACUCUCCCGGAGCUAUUUGACUACUUCUCCUAUCUCAAAAUCACCAAACCACAACAGGGAGCAGUCAUGAAACUCCUAGCUGGAAUACUCCACCUUGGCCGACUACAUUUUACAGAUGAUCCUCAAUCAGGGUUUGCCAGGCUCAAAUCUCACGAUAUGCUUGACGAGGUCGCUGAAAUAUUAGAAGUAUCGCCUGAAAAGCUCUUGACUACACUCACCAACAAGACGGCACGAGUUGGACAUGAUGUAUACUCUGUUGACCUGAAUGGUGAAGGCGCUAUGGCUCAAACUGCUGCCGUCGCUAGAGCAAUGUAUUCGACUCUGUUUGAUUUCGUUGUGGACAAGUGUAAUACGCACUUGUGUCGUAAUGAAUCAGAAUGGACGUCGUUUAUAUCUGUUGUUGAUUUCCCAUCUCGACUUGGUGGUGGUAUGAGUCUGCAUGCUCUUAUGGGUAAUGUGGGUGCCGAACGUAUGUGGGAGUUUGCUGAUGGGAAGAUUGGGUCUGGGUUGGUUCGCAUUCUUCGUCAAGAGGGCUGUGAAGCUUCUGAAUUCAAACCAUCCAAUGUUGCUACUUUGUCACUUCUUGGCUCUCCAGAGCGUGGCCUAGUAUACCUAAUCAACAACCAAAUCAAUCAACCACCAUCAACGGACGGCAGUAUGAUUUCAAGCAUCAUCAACACCGCAAACGUAACGCCAUCAAAGUCAAACCAAAAGUCAUUCAUCAUCUCGCAUUCCCACGGAAUGGUUGAAUAUGACUUGCACGAUUGGCGUAGUGGUGUUGAAACAACAUCAAACGAACUGGUUGGCUUGUUUUCAAGUGAUGGUACACUUGGAGCUACAUUCUUCCAACCUGUAAUCGCUGCUGCUCAAUUACAAGCUGCCGAGACUCUUGCGCGAUCGAAAACUGUUGCCCGCUCAAAGUCCGUCAAUGGACGAGAUGGACGUGAAGCAAGCAGUCCGCUGACACGUAAAGGAACCGUAUCGAAUCGUAAUGUAAAAUUCGAAACGGCUUUGACUCGUCUCUACUCUGACUUGGACUUGCUGGUUGAAGCAUUACAAGAGACCUCAAUCUGGGUCGCUCUAUGCUUUAGCACCACUCCAUCUUCCACUCGCUCAAAAUUUGAUCUCGAAUUUAUAUCUACUCAGGCUAUUGCAUAUGGUCUUGGUGCUCUGGCAUCGUCUCCAGCUGCUGUAUACUUUACCGACUACUCUUUUGAAGAGUUUGUUGGUCGAUAUGCAGCUGCUCAUCCAGCUCUCGGAGAUGCAACAUUGGGCAAUCCACAACAACGAAUGGCCAAGUUUGUAGCUACUCGUGAAUGGAGUCAGGAUGAUGUAAUUGUUGGCAAGACACGACUGUACAUAUCUGAUAUCGCAUGGCAGGAACUCGAAGCUGAUUUGAGUGAAGCUACUCAUAAUAAUUUCAAGGAGAAUUUCGAAAAGGCUCAACAACAACCUAUUGUUGCCAUGUCUGAAUUUGGUGACGAUGUCGAUUACGAUUCUAAAUUACGACCUGGCGAGACUGAGCCGUUGCCAGUUCAAAUCGAUCUCUUGCCUUCUGCGAAUGAAAAGAAGCCUAAAUUAGUACGUGUUGAACGAGAAGAACAUUUGAGUCCGUCUCGUCGAGCUUGGUUGUGUCUUACUUGGAGCUUGACAUGGUAUAUUCCAUCUAUAUUUUUGUCAUUCUGUGGUCGGAUGAAACGUCGUGAUAUUCAGAUUGCUUGGCGAGAAAAAGUCGCAAUCUUCAUAAUGAUUCUUGCACUCUGUGCUGCCAUGCUCUUCUUCAUUAUCGGAUUUGGUGCAAUCUUGUGUCCUCGUCGUGCAGUCCUGUCUCAAGGUGAACUUGAUGGUCGAACUCACAUCAACGAUCCCUACGUGUCAAUGUAUGGCAAGUAUUAUCGUAUUCCUGAUAUCGUAAACUCUCAUGUCAACUCGAAUGGUUGGGUGUCAGCUGUCGCUCUUGAACAGACUGUCCUUGGUCGAGAUAUCAGUUCCAUGUUUAGACCCACUGAUCGAUGGAAUGCUAUUUGCCCAAACUUGACACAACCUUCUGGAUGGGACAAUAUUGCUCGUAAUAUUCCUCUUGCCUUCCAGAGGGUCUGGUACAUCCAUUCUACUGCCUCCUCAAGCGCGAACUCAGUCGGCGGUGCCGCCGUAGAUUACUUCCAAGCCUUGAGAAAGGACCAGAAGGGUGACCUCGCUCGAGACUCUUCCUGGAUAGCGCAGACUCUCGCCGCAGACACCGCAAACAACUACAUUAUAGUCGCAUACGACAAAGUAUAUGAUGUCAGUCAAUACUUUAAUGGACAAAACACCAACAAUUUCCUUGGAUCCAACAUGCAAAGCAUCUUUUCGACAUUUGGGAAACAAGGGGUUGAUGUUACUCAAUACUUGGAGCAAAUUAAGUCUGUUGAAAGUCCACAGGCUUGGGCUCGAUAUAUGUCUUGUAUGGAUGGACUGUUUUAUCAGGGUGUCGUUGAUCAUCGUUUGGAUGCCAAAUGUGUGAUAUCAAACUGGAUUUUACUUGGUGCUUCUAUCUUGCUAGUUGCAGUUAUUGGAUUCAAGUUUGUUGCUGCCUUACAAUGCGGUUCUAGACGUGAUCCUGUCAAAUACGACAAAUUCGUCCUAGUCAACAUCCCUUGUUAUACCGAAGGAGCUGACUCGCUAACGAAAACCCUGGAAGCUCUCGUCCAAACAAGCUACGAUGACAAACGGAAACUCCUCUUUAUCGUUGCUGAUGGAAUGGUCAUGGGUAGUGGUAACGAUCGUCCGACUCCACGAAUCGUGCUCGAUAUAUUGGGUGUCGGUGCCGAUGUUGAUCCUGAACCUAAAGCAUAUGUGGCACUUGGUGAAGGAAGACGUCAAUUGAAUCGAGCUAAAGUGUAUAGUGGACUGUAUGAAGUACAGGGUCGAGCUGCUCCGUUUAUUGUCAUUGUCAAGUGUGGUAGUGAAGGAGAAGUCAGUCGUCCAGGAAAUCGUGGUAAACGUGACUCUCAAAUAAUGUUGAUGAGAUUCCUUUCUCAUGUCCACUUCAACUCUGAAAUGACUCCACUUGACCUCGAGAUCUACCAUCAAAUGAAGAACGUUAUUGGGGUUCACCCAUCCUUCUUUGAAUACGUGCUCUUUGUUGACAGUGAUACUGAAGUCUAUCCCGAUGCUUUGAAUCGAUUGGUUUCAUGUAUGGUUAACGACAGCAAAGUCAUUGGUUUGUGUGGUGAGACCACCAUUGCAAAUGAACGUGACUCUUGGGUCACAUCCCUUCAAGUUUAUGAAUAUUUCAUUUCUCAUAACUUGGCCAAGGCCUUUGAAUCCAUGUUUGGUUCAGUAACUUGUCUUCCUGGUUGUUUCUCAAUGUAUCGAAUCAGGACUGCCAAGAACGUGCCGCUCAUCAUUGCACCCUCUAUCAUCAGCGAGUAUUCGACGAACCGAGUUGAAACUCUGCAUAUGAAGAAUCUCUUGCAUCUUGGCGAAGAUCGUUACUUAACCACUCUCGUUCUUAAAAACUUUGGUGGAUACAAGCUUACCUUCACGAAUGAUGCCAAGUGUAAAACAGCUGCUCCUGAUACUUGGGCUGUCUUCUUAUCUCAACGACGUCGAUGGAUCAAUUCUACAGUCCACAAUCUACUUGAACUCUUAUGGGUCAAACAACUCUGUGGAGUUUGCUGUUUCUCAAUGAGAUUUGUCGUCUUUCUCGACUUGAUCGCAACUCUUCUUCAACCUGCUGCUAUUUUCUACAUCAUUUAUAUCAUUGUGACUGCCAUUAUCGAUCCUGAACUUGGAGUUCCUACGAUCACAUUGAUUAUGUUGGCAGCUGUCUAUGGUCUCCAAGUCGUCAUCUUCAUCCUCAAACAGGAAUAUCAGCACAUUGGAUGGAUGAUUAUCUAUAUUCUUGCCAGUCCUGUGUUUGCCUAUUUAGACCUGUAUGCUUGGUGGCACUUUGAUGACUUUUCAUGGGUGAGUAAUACUCGUAUCGUCAUGGAUGAAGGCAAGGUCAUAUACGAGAUGGAUGUUGAAGAGUUUGACCCAUCCGUCGUCCCUAUGCAAAAGUACGCUAGCUUUGAGUCCCAGCUUGUCUAUGGCUCAGUCGCUGGAAGAGAAUACGCACCAAACGCUGAAAGUGUAUAUUCUAUUCCUCCUGGCAUGAUGCUUCCACCAUCAACAUAUGCUGGUUCAGCUUACGGUGAUGCUGUGCAAUAUCAGCAACAGCAGCAACUGGGACCACAAUCCACUAUGUAUGCCAUGUCUGCAGUCUCAAACCAUCAACAACCAUUUGAGCAGCAACAACAACAAGUAGCACCACCAUCCACCAUGUAUGCCAUAUCUGUCGGCUCAAACCCUGGAAUUUCUCCUGACGACGUCCAAAUACUCGAACGAUGCAGAUACGAAAUCGAAGCUAUAUUGAAUCAUCCCGCUACUUCUCAUUUGAACAAGAAGCAAAUCAGAAAACUAGUACAAGAACGUCUUGAUGUUGAUUUGAAUGACGCUACUGCCAAGAAGCUGGUUCAUCAACUUAUUGAUGAUGUUUUAGCUUCUCAUGCUCCAAUGUAA